GCCGCUACUUACUACUACCGCCGCCGCCGCCGCUGCUGCUGCAACCACCACCACCACCACCUCAUCUCGCCCCUCCUCCUCUCUCCCUCCCUCCCGCCCGCCCGCCCCCCGAACCCACGACAGCUUGCCCGCCACACGCCGCCCACCAUGGCCACGCUCAACACGUCCAGCAACGGCCCCAACAUCACAAAGAGCUACCAGAACGUCGUCAAUUCCCCCGCGCCCUCCGGCCCCCAGGCAAGCUCGCCGACAUACGGUCAAUGGGCCGUCUUCACAGUCGCCGCCCCGCUCGUCAGCGCCUUCCAGCACGACAGCGGCAAGGAGAGCGUGCUCAAGGUGCAGAGCACUGGAGAGGGUGAAUUGACCGACCUCGUCGACGAGUUUUCAGAGGGCCGCAUCCAGUUUGCCUUUGUCAAGGUCAAGGACCCAAACACAUCGCUGCCCAAGAACGUCCUGAUAGCAUGGUGUGGCCAGGGCGUCCCAGAGCGAACAAAGGGCUACUUCGGCAGCCAUCUGACCGUCGUCUCAAAACUUCUGCAUGGAUACCACGUCCAAGUCACCGCCCGCACCGAGGACGACCUCAGCCCGGAGAAGAUUGUGCAAAAGGUCGCAGAUGCCUCAGGCGCCAAGUACUCGGGCGGUGGAGCCAUUCCUUCGUCAGGCGGCCCACCUCCUCCGGUUGCGAAGAAGCCUGUAUUCACACCCACAUCAAUAGGAGGCGCCGGCACUGGCUUCAACCCGCUGGGACGCUCGCGCGCCCCUGCUCCAAAGGCCAAUGAAGACGCAGACGGCUGGGGCGCCGAUGCCCCGCCUGUCUCCAGGUCGCAGCUGGAGAAGGUUGGCACCGCCUACACGCCCACCAAGGUCAACAUGGCCGAACUCACUGCUGGCAAGAACGAUUCCACAUCGAAUGACCGUCCCGAAGUCGUCAAGGGUGCAUACCAGCCAGUUGGCAAGGUCGACAUUGCGGCUAUCCGAGCCCAGGCACGCGAUGCCAAAGACGACCGGCCCACUGUGGUCAAGGGCGCGUACGAGCCUGUCGGCAAAGUGGACAUUGCAGCUAUCCGUGCAAAGGCCCAAGCUGCUCCUCCAUCUGCGCCAUCUGGCAACGACGACGAAGAGGAGCAGCCAAAGUCACUCGCCGAACGGUCAGCAGCUUUCGGCGCCAAGCCCGAACGCCUUACCAGCAUGCCCAAGCCAAAGGUUGCCAACAAGUUUGCCGGUGCCAGCACAUUCACCGGCACCAAGGCCCCUACACCUGGCGGCUUCGGUGCUAAGCCUCCGGUGCCCGCGCCUCUAGUUGGCGCGGCAAGCAAGACGUUUGCUGAUGAGGGAGGAAAGACACCUGCACAGAUUUGGGCCGAGAAGAAGGCAGCCCGGGGCGAAGCCGUCCCAGCGCCUGUUGUCGAUGCCGCAAGUCGUACCAAGCCCCUUCAAAGCCAGCCGAGCGGAGGCGGCGGCUGGCAGAGCGGCUACUCUGGCAAGUCUUGGGCACCUGUGCAGACUACCCGAACAGGACAGUCUGCAAGCGGCGGCCUUAGUGAACAGCGCACAGGUGGUUCGCCGCCACCGCAAGAAGAGCCUCCCUCGCCUGCGUCUGGUGGUGGUGGUGUCAGCUCCCUCAAGGACCGCUUCGCGGGCGCUGUACCAAUGGGAGCACCAAGCUCACGCCCUGCUCCUGAGCUAUCGGCUUCUAGCCCACCACCUCUCGACAACUCGAGCAAGCCCAACGCAGGCAUAAGGGGUAUUCCCAUGCCUGGCCUGCCCACCCGACCAAAGGAGCCCGAGCCAGAAGCAGACGAGGUUCCUGCAACCCAGCACCAGCGUAUGCCCUCGCCUCCAGCAGUGCCUCGCAGCCCAUCACCAGAGCCUUCUGGAUCCCCCGUGCGCAUUGCCAUGCCUGUUGCUCGUGGAAAGGAGCCGGAAGAGCUGGCUCCUGCUGCAGAAAAGGCACCGGCCAUGCCUGCUCGCUCGCUCGAGCAUGCCGCCCACCAGGCCCGCGACGUUUCUCCAGAACCCAAGGUGGAGGCCAAGGAUCCUGCCCGCGGAGCUGGAGUUGCUGUUGCAGCCGCCACCUUUGGUGCCGCCGCCGUAGGUGGUGCCGCUGUGGCCGCUGCUGUUGCUUCUGGUCACGAUGACGACGAGCACGCAGCUGCAGGAGGCUCUGGAAAGCGUGCAGUCAUCCUGUACGACUACGAAAAGGCCGAAGACAAUGAAGUCGAACUCCGUGACGGCGAGUACGUCACCGACAUCGACAUGGUCGACGAGGAUUGGUGGAUGGGCACCAACGCACAGGGCGAGCGCGGUCUCUUCCCCGCCAACUACGUCGAACUGGUGGAGGAUGACAAUGCCGGUGCCCCAGCCGCACCACCGCUGCCCACGCAUCCCUCGGCAGCCCAAGAGCCAGAGCCCGCCGCCGCGCCAUCACACGCUGCUGCCAGUUCUGGCCCUACUGCAACCGCUCUAUAUGAUUACGAUGCUGCAGAGGACAACGAACUGAGCUUCCCUGAAGGAGCCACCAUCACUGGAUUGGAAUUCCCCGACGAGGAUUGGUGGCUCGGCAGCUUCAACGGCCAGUCAGGUCUCUUCCCUGCCAACUACGUCGAGCUCAACGAGUAGAAUUGCGCGGAAAAUAGAAACUAGCCUCCAUGGGCAAUUCUCUGGGCCUCAACGGCACACAGUUUGCUCCAUGUCGAUGAGCUUGAUCACAAGAAAAGUAUAGGUAUUUUAGCCGCAAGUAACAGUAUCAAUUUCGAUCACCCAAUUGCCUGGGUCGGAUUUUGUGGUUCGUGAAAACUGUUGGGCCAUUGUCACUUGUGCAAAUGAACUGAGGUUCCAAAAGCUGCAACCGUGGCACUGGAGAUGUAUUUCAACUGAUACACAAUUAGAAAUGACGCGCAGCUGUGUUGCUCAAGUAUCAACGUCCCAGUAUGUCAUUUCCAACAUGCUCAUUGGUGCCGCAAAUGUGUAAUUAAAC